UGUUUAUAAUUGUUAAAACUUAUAUUACUAUGUAAUAUAAAAGGAACACUGCAAAAUUCAAAUGUGCAAAUAAUCAUAGUAUCAUCUAUGGAUGUUCCUUAAAAAUUUAACCACUACACGAUGGAUCUACAUCGUUCUUUCAUAUUUAAGAUAGAUAAAAUGUAUAUCACAUUUUCUAUUCUAAUUUAGAAAAAUGAAGUAAGACAUCAAACAUCUUUUAAUGAUGGAUAAGCGUUUUAUGCUAAAAUUGAAAUGGAUACCACAUUUCUUUAUUUGUUAUGUAUUAAGUAUGAGAUAUAACAUACGUAAUUGCUCAUUUUUUCCUGAGCCUUCAUCAACCCGAAAAUUCCUAGCGGGCAUUUUAUCUUACAGACAAACUUGGCAGAGCGCCAGGGCGGAAAUGACGAAAUCAUUGAAAAUGCGCAUGAGCAUCAUAACAUAUUUUCUCGGUUAGCCGCCAUGGGGAACCAGACGAUAUCAUCUAAUGGAGGUGAUCAGAUUUCGGAGAUCACGGAAUCUAUAAAGAUAAUGCACGAAUCAAUGGAAUUUAUGAAACACGAAAUUGUUUCAUUAAAAAACAAGAGGAAAACGGAAAAUGGCGAAACUUCAUCUAAACGCAUAAAACUGAUGGAGGCAGAAAAUGGCGCAUCCGGUUCCGAAGAUUCGGACAGUGAUGACGCAAUAGCCUCAUUUUUAGCUGACCAGAAUGAGGCAACCCAAGGGAGCAUCAACGAGAGCGAAUGGGCUGAGAUAACUGAUUUUUUUGAAGAAAAUCUUGAAACGGGAGAGGAAAUUCUGCCAGAUUUGGCAACAUUGGCAAAUUCGGUUUUAAGAGCGAAACCUAAGGAUGACAAAGUCGCCAGCUUGAAAAUAAAGCAUAAAAGACCAAAUAAUGUGGAAAAUCUACAAGUCACAAAGGUAGAUGAACAAUUAUGGCGACAGUUAAGACGAGAAACCAAAACAUUUGAUUAUGCAAUGCAGAAAAACCAAUUUACAUUAUGCCAUGCACUUGUUCCCACACUAAAACUAAUGCAAAAUCUUAAAGAGAAAGGACCUGCAUCAGAGGCACGAGAUCUUGCAGCCGAUACAUUCAAAAUAUUAGCGUACGGAAUUAAUCAAUCCAACGAUGCGCGAAGGGAAAAAAUCAAAAAAGAUCUUCUGCCAUCAUACAAACCAUUGUGUAAUCAACCUUCAUCAGCAACCAAACUUUUUGGGGACAAACUUCAAGAAGAAAUAAAACAUCUUAAAGAAACAAAAACUAAUCUUACAUCUACCAGGCAACCUUUUUUAUCGAAAAAGGGAGGGGGGUUCAACAACUACAACCAACACCAGCGUAUCCAAAGCACACCGGCCUUCCCUCCACGAAACAACAAACUAGCUUGGAAUACAACACAGCAUCGCCAACUAAAUCAACCAAAGAAGGGGAAAAUGGGGAGAAAAUAAUAAAUGUAAGUACAAAUAUAAAUAUAAGUGUCCAAAACACAACAGAAAAUUUUCAUGCCGGUAAGACAGCUGAUAAUAUUAGCAUAUGGAAAACCAUUACAACUGACAAGUGGAUUUUAAAUAACAUUAGAGGUUGUUCAGUUGAAUUAAAUGAAAUUCCAAAGCAAAAAAUUAUUCCUAAACCAAUUAAUUUUACUAAAGAGGAAAAAAGAAAGAUUGAGAACGAACUUAAUAGAUU